ACCGCUGACUCACUCAAGCCGACCAAGUCCCGCGUUCAAGCCAGAAGCUUCACUCGUCCUCCCAAGUAGAGCGUCUCAGUCAAGGAAUGAAACGCUUCUCGUCGUUCUUGUAACACGAAUAUUUAUAUAUAUAUAUAUAUUUUAUUUAUUUGAAAUCGCGCCCUUGCAAUUUGGGGGUCUCCGGCCGCCCUGCCUCUUCUUUCCUCCUCUCCCCCUGCAGCUAUGGCGGAAGAGCGGCUGGAUACCAAUUUCUCCAGCGUCUCUGCCUCGCUGGGCAACGGGUGCGCGGCGGGCGAGGAGCGGCACUUUCAGCACCACGGACAGUUCUCCGCGCCCGUCUCCGCCCUACUGGCCUCGCUGAUGGGACUCGUGGUUCUGAUCACGGUGCUGGGCAACGCGCUGGUCAUCUUGGCUUUCGUGGUGGACAAGAGCCUCCGGACCCAAGGGAAUUUCUUCUUUCUCAACUUGGCCAUUGCUGAUCUUUUAGUAGGUGGAUUUUGCAUCCCUCUGUACAUCCCUUACAUCCUGACAGGCGAGUGGAAGUUUGGAAAGGGCUUGUGCAAGCUCUGGCUGGUGGCCGAUUACCUGGUCUGCAGCGCUUCCGUCUUCAACAUUGUUCUGAUCAGUUUUGACAGAUUCAUCUCUGUGACAAAGGCGGUGAGUUACAGAGCUCAGAAGGGGAUGACCAGGAACACAGUGGUAAAAAUGGUCAUGGUCUGGGUAGCAGCAUUUCUCCUUUAUGGCCCAGCGAUCAUCAGCUGGGAAUACAUUGCACAUCGAAGCAUCCUGCCCGAGAAAGAGUGCUAUGCUGAGUUCUUCUACAAUUGGUACUUCCUCAUGAUUGCCUCCACGAUAGAGUUCUUCACUCCUUUCAUCAGCGUCUCCUACUUCAACUUAAGCAUUUACAUCAACAUUAGGAAGAGGACCCCCCUGAGGAGGGAGACGCUGCCACUCAGUCACAGAGGCGGCAAAAGUCGCCCCCGAGAGAAGCAAGAACACCCCAACUUUUUUAUGAAAGUGAGCCAGAAAAGGAGUAAGGAGAAGACAGCAAGCAGUUCCUCCUUUGCUGAGCCCGCAGUCCAGCAGCUCAGCAUUGGUCACCUCCAGAGCCAGCCGGCCGAUUUUAACGUCAACCAAGAUCUUCUGCCUUUGCAAGUGGAACUUCAGACUAAAUCCCCAUGGGAUGGUUUCUACAAAGCUCUGGAGAGUCUUUCCACCACCAAGAGAAAAACAGAGGUUGCCAACACUAUGGCUAGCCGGUUCCGGCUUUCCCGGGAUAAAAAAGUGGCCAAAUCUUUGGCCAUCAUCGUCUGCAUUUUUGCUCUUUGUUGGGCUCCUUACACACUGCUGAUGAUCAUCAGAGCAGCUUGCCAUGGGAAAUGCAUCCCACAUGCUCUCUACGAAGCCUCCUUUUGGCUCCUGUGGUUGAAUUCAGCCAUUAACCCCAUUUUAUACCCUUUGUGCCACAUGAGUUUCAGAAAAGCUUUUUUCAAACUGUUGUGCCCAGGGAAAGCUAAGAUCCACCCCAAUAUGUUCCUGUGAGAACAUUUAAGGCGAGAGAACAGGUUUUAAGAGUGAUGUGGUUUUUUUCAUUUGAGAAAGAAACAUUGAUUGUACGCUAGUCUGAAGACCUAAAGACUUGUCUGCGUUCGAAAGAUGGCCUUGCAACAUUCUACCCUCAAACAUGUGCUGGAUUUUUAUAUUUUAUUUUGCAGUGCUGCAGAAAUUUAGAAAAUUCAGCGCUGUUUUGAGAAAAUACAAGACUUUGCAACUAAUAUCCUGCAGUGCUAAUGUAUGCUCAAUGAGGACUGAUCGAUUAUUGAUAUUGUUGUAAGGAAACUCAACUCAUACAUUGGGCAUCUUAAAACUGGAGCCUUGUCUCUUAAGAGUUAGCAGUCAGUGGAAUUCUGUCUGCAAUGUUAUGAAAUGCACUGCCUAUUUGGCACUGUAUGUUGGUGCACUUAACUGCAAAAAAUAAUAAUCAAGGUUUUCAUUCAAGCAGGGGUGGGGAAUUAUGGGAUGGGAGGCCAGAUGAGGCCCAUGGGGCUUUCAAUCUACCCCACUGCCUCCUUUCUCCCCUUCUCUAUUAGAGCCAAUGGAUGGCUGUUUCCAAGCCUGAUUACUGCAUUGGCUGCAUUGCAGUGGUGCAAAUGGGGAAGAAAGGCUUAACCCGAGGCAAGCAGGUAUAACAGGGCAGCAAGAUUUAACACAGCAGCUUUAACCUGAAAGGUUUUUAGUUACCGUAGCUGCAGAUUCUAGUUGAAUUCAAGACCACUCCCAAGAUUUGUGCUAAAGCAGAUGAUGAGUUGCCUUCAAUAGCUGGAUUAUUGUGGCUGCCUGUGUGUCAAAACAAACCUAAAGAUAUACAUCUAAAGUGUCAAAAGUUAAAGACUUACGUCAUGUGCAUUUUAGAGCUAGUGUGGUGUAAAUGGUUAGAGUGCCAAGACUAGGACAUGGGAGAGACCAGGCUUCAA